CGACUCCCCCGCCGGCUUCCACGCCCUCCUCCACGACACCCUCGCCGCCCCCCGCCUCUCGGCCUCGAAAGUCUCCCAGCUCUCCCGCCUCGCACUCCACAACGUCGCCCACGACCACCGCAUCGUCACCACCCUCUACAAGCUCAACGCCGCCCUCCCGCCCGCAUCCCCGUCCCGGAUAUCCAGCCUCUAUGUCUUUGAUGCCGUCGCACGCGCGGCAAAGGCGGCAGUCAGCAAGGGCGUCGGCACCGAGCUCACGAACGAGCGGGGAAAGGGCACACAGGCCAGUCUGCUGCGCAAGCUGGAGGGCGUCGUCGCCAGCUGGGUCGACGGCAUGAUUGACGAUGGCAAACGCGGCGUGUGGGUCGAGGGCAGGGAGAAGACGCGGAAAAUUGUUGACAUCUGGCAAAAAGGCGCUACUUUUCCGCAACCGUGUCUAGAUGAGCUCAAGGUAAAGUUGAAUAACGCUGUGGCGUCGGCUGGUCCGUCAAACUCUGCAGACAGUGCGGCUGUCAAGAAGGAACGGAAACCUUUAUCGUUAGCGGACGGUGAACCCAAGGGAUCAGGUCCAUAUAAUCGAUCGACCACACCGCCCUAUCCGCCACCCGCUUACAUUCUGGCAAAAUAUGCACGCAGGUCGUCAAAAAGUAGUCGUAAAGUGGCAGAAAGCAAACCCGAGCAGCCCGGACAGGCUCAACCGGGCGAAUUACCGCCAGAAGUCGCCAAAUUGUUGGGAAUCGAAAAGCAGGAAUCGGCCAAGGAUGAAAAAUCACAUACACCCUUGAGCGGUAUUCCAGCCAACGUUGCUGCCCUCCUUCCUUCUACUUUCGAUCCAUCAUCGCACUCUUCCUCGCCGCAUACAGUUCCGUCGGCGGCGGCAGCGGUAGCCUCGCAAGAGUCAACAGCGCCGCCACCGUUGGCGAUUAACCACGAGCAAUUGGCGGCAUUGGCUAAAUUUGCAAGCAACAGUCAAACUACAAGCGGCGGGCAGCAUGAAUUGCAUGAAUUGCCCCCUUUCCCUCCUCCACAUCCUGUUCCGUCUGGCGUCAUCACCCCACAGCCGUACAUCCCACCGCCCAAACCCAAACCCAUCUCGCCCCCUGGAGCCCGGUAUCAUACUUCCUCUUCUUCUCGCAGCGAUAGAGGUCUUGGGGAAAGAGGUUCACCUAGACACAUUGAUAAAGAAAGAGGAGAACGAGAUUACCAACAUCGACAAGAUGAUCAUUGGAGGGCGGGUAGGCAAAGAGACAAUCGUUCCCGGUCACGCUCGCCUGAUAGACGUACGAAUGGUCAUCAGCGGAUGAAUAUACCUCGCCGCCGGCCGGCUGCAUCGUUACCCAAUCCACUGCCACCACCACCACCGGCCGCGAGAUUGGGUCAAGGUCGAGGUAUCGGGGAGGGCGAUGGAGAAGAGGAUAUGGCGCUAGAUGUUUCCGACGGAGAAGAAAGAGCAAAGCAGGCCGGUGCUGCCCAAGCAGCAGCGUAUCCUCCCCCCAUCGUCGCCCCGCCAUACGUGUCCGUACCGCCUGAUGUCGUCGCUCCGCCAUUUCCUCCCCCUUCUAGUGCGCUGCAACAUCAACCACCACCCAUAUCCAUGCCCAUGUCAUCUGGACAGCCUAUGAAACGGCGAAAUGACCUCGUCACUCUGCAUACUUUUCCACUCCAAACGUUUGAUCCCUCCAGUGCGGAUUCAUGGGCAAAACUCGGUGAAGCUUGGCAGAAUAGUACAGGAAGGAAGCCGGAGCAAAUGGAAUUGAUGCAUUGGCUGGCAACCGGCCAGGUUAUGGACUUUAAGAUGAUGCUUAUGGGUACGGGCCAUGAGAAUGGAGAUAGCUCGAGUCAGAGUCACGUAUCACCAGGUGACAUGAAUGGGCUAUCGUCAGCAACUGCAAAUCCAGCGAUAGGGCUACUGCCACCGUCACAGAUGAGGAUGGAUGUUGGUGCGGGAUCUAUAGGUCAGCCGCCGCAUUUGUCUAUAGGAGGAGGAGAUCAGUGGAGGAAUGUGCAGGGACAAGCACAAUGGGGCAAUGACGAUUCUCAAAGGCUGUGGGGAGCACAAGGUCAGGGGUAUUAAAUGUAUAUAUAGAUAUAUUUUUCCACCAGUCAGACCAGUGGAAUCAUUAUGCUAGUUGAUUAGAUUAUACAGCAGUUCUCUUUUGAAGAGAAUUCCUUGAGGAAU